CUGCCGCUCACGUCACGCCGCCGCCGCUGCCUCACCUCCGCCGCGGAGCUCCGCCGCUGCGCACGUUGCUAGUUAGUUGCAAUGUUGUAGCUAUUAGCACGUUAGCCGUCCACACGAGCUGUUUUUCCAGAAAACUAAAGGACUGUGUUUAUUGACCUGAGCAGAGUCCACACCACAGCCUUUAGAUCCGCCUCACCGAGCGGCUGCCUCUUCUCUCCGCGGUCCCUGUCACGUAGCCGUUAGCCGCUAGCCCCCGCUAGCCCCCGCUAGCCUCCGCUAGCCUCCGCUAGCCCCGCUAGUCCGUGUGCGCUGUCAGCCGCGGAACGAGCCUCUGAUAGGGCCAUGGCUAUGAGACAGACCCCGCUCACCUGCUCCGGGCACACUCGGCCUGUGGUGGACCUGGCCUUCAGCGGAAUCACUGCCUACGGAUACUUUCUCAUCAGCGCCUGCAAGGAUGGUAAGCCUAUGUUGCGCCAAGGAGACACAGGGGACUGGAUUGGCACGUUUCUGGGUCACAAAGGAGCAGUCUGGGGAGCCACCCUGAACACAGACGCAACCAAAGCAGCAACCGCUGCGGCCGACUUCACAGCAAAAGUGUGGGACGCAGUGAGUGGAGACGAGGUGCUGACGCUGGCCCACAAACACAUCGUGAAGACGGUCAGCUUCACUCAGGACAGCUCGUGUCUGCUCACUGGAGGGAAUGACAAGCUGCUGCGUGUGUACGACUUGAGCAGUCCAGAGGCCGCCCCUCAGGAGAUCGCAGGACACACCUCAGCCAUCAAGAAGGCGCUGUGGUGCAACAGUGACAAGCAGAUUCUAUCUGCAUCUGAGGACAAAACUGUGCGGCUGUGGGACCGCGGCUCCAUGGAGGAGGUGAAGACGCUGUCCUUUGACACCUCGGUCAGCAGUAUGGAGUAUGUGGCAGACGGCGAGAUUGUGGUCAUCACCUACGGAAAGACCAUCGCCUUCUACAACGCGCUCAGCCUGGACCUCAUCAAAAGUGUAGAGGCCCCUGCUCCCAUCAACUCUGCUUCCUUGCACCCAGAGAAGGACUUCUUUGUGGCCGGAGGAGAAGACUUCAAGCUCUACAAGUUUGACUACAGCACCAAAGAGGAGCUGGAGUCGUACAAGGGCCACUUUGGCCCGGUGCACUGUGUGCGCUUCAGUCCAGACGGGGAGCUGUAUGCCAGCGGCUCAGAGGACGGCACGCUCAGGCUGUGGCAGACCGCUGUGGGCAAGACCUAUGGCCUGUGGAAGUGUGUGCUGCCAGAGGACCUGGGAGCUGACAACAACGAACAGAUUUACACAGCACCGCCGGAGGUCAAAGCCUGAAGACACCCACACACGGACAGGAGGAGGGACAGUAGGGGACGACUCAUUGUGUGGCUGCAGCGUGGAGCUAUAGAGCUGUGGAGCGCGGUUACCUUCUCUCUGGGAUAACAAGACUCAGAUUCCCCAUCUCAGCCUCCGAACAUGCUCCUUUAGCGUUUAGUUUUAUUUAAGAGCUGGACCAAUUUGUCUUUGACGUCAGAGUUCCAAGAAGACGGCAUAACGCUGCAUUACUUUCAGUUGUAACUUUGCUUUGAGGAUUCGCUGCUCAGAUGUGUCCAGUACUAAUUGUUUUGACAUAAAGCAAUGUUUUUUACUUGAGGCUUGUCCCAUUGGUUUUGGCUUUUUGUCAGUUUUGUUCCUGGAUUAAUAAAAUGGAGUGAUGCAUCGUAA